CUGUCAUAUUCUGAGGUGGUAACAGGACUUUAAGCUUCAUCAGUUAACAGGUCAAUCUGUCUGUGGUAAAGCUCAGGAGACAAUGGCCAUGACACCGUGGAGCACCGGUCUCUUUGACUGUUGUGAUGACAUGAGCUCUUGCUGUUACGGGUUCUGGUGCUGUCCCUGCCUCGCCUGCACGGUUGCAGGGAAGUUUGGAGAGAACCGUUGUCUCCCAUUAUGUGACAUUCUCAGCCCUGCUAUAACAGCAGCCUGCGGACUUCCUCUGUGUGUGCCUCCUGCCGCUCUGUCUGUACGGGUUGGCAUUCGACACACAUACGGUAUCAAGGGUUCUCUCUGCAGCGACAUUGCCACCUCCUGUUUCUGCGAGUGGUGCUCCUGGUGUCAGAUGCAUCGUGAGUUGAAGAAUCGCAAGAAAAACCAGCCUGCAGUUGUCGUCAUGCAGCCCGGUCAAAUGAGGUCUUAAAAAAAAAAAAAAAAAA